AUGGAUUACCCUUUCUAUGACCCCAGAUCACAACCAUCGGGCUUCUCGCUCUAUGGCCUGCCUACCCCCGACCAACCCCAUGUCCAACCAGACACAUUCGCCCCUUUGAACUUCCCUAACUUUGACCCCUCAUUCCCCGUCGAUCCCUCCUUUGUUCCGCCACCACAUUCACCGCCAGAAUCAGUCAAGCACUCUGCUUCCAGCGAUGCCACCAAUAGUCAGCAUACACGCCCCACCUCAUACGACGGCGAUGAAGCUCAAUUCGCCGACCCAACCUUAGGAAGGAGUAGCAGCGAGGAAAAGGAAUCAGCGCCCGGGCAAAGCAAGCGCAAGGCACAGAACCGAGCAGCUCAACGAGCAUUUCGAGAGCGAAAAGAACAGCACGUCCGCGAUCUCGAAGAAAAAGUAAACAGCCUCGAAGGUGCAUCCAACACCUUACAAGCCGACAACGAACGUCUGAAGCGCGAGCUAGCCCGGUUCACAACCGAGAAUGAAAUCCUGCGCGCGACAUCACAACACGCCAACCGCGUACAUGUCAGCGCAAACGCGACUCCCGAGCCAACCGUCACAGGGCCAAUGAAGUACUACCCCACAGACUUUCAUGCCACCUUCAUGGCCGACGGCUCUGGCACAUCUCAGAGCACAAACCACCGUCUCGCCGUGUGUCCCAUUACUGGUGACAGGCUGCUGGAUGCGGGUGCGACGUGGGACCUUAUUCAGAAACAUGAACUGUUUCAGCGCGGCCAGCUUGAUAUCGGUGAUGUCACGGACCGUUUGAAGAAUAUGGCGCAGUGUGAUGGACAGGGUCCUGCUUUUAAAGAGGGUCAGAUUCUUAAGAUUAUUGAGGAGAGUGCGGCUGUUGGUCGUGAUGAGUUGAUCUGA